AACGCAGGAGGAGGAGAGGCUGGAUAUGGGGGAACCAACGCACAGGCCCGUACGAUCGAGAUAAUAACAUUUUUUUUUUUUAAACAAAUGUUCACCAACUGGGGGAAAUACACACACACACCGAGCUGGAGAGGCCUUAGGAGGACGGGGAAACAACCGAGGAAGUGAAGAUAAAGGGGGAAUACGGCUACUGACCCAUCCCGGAGCAUCAGGGGAGAAGCAGCGAGAGAAAGGGGGAGAAGCAGGGAGAGAAAGGAGGGGAAGAAGGAGACUAAUUCCGCUCGACCCGAUGGACUGAGAGGACAGAUGAAUGAAGACUGCCUAUACUAACGCCUAUAGAUGUCUGGCCAAGGACCUAGACGCCUAUGCCAUGAACACGGACAUGACGAUGGACGGCAUCGGCAGCCUGCAUGGCGGGGUGUCCGUGAGCUCCGUCCUCCCUGAUGUGGAGCUGAUGAGCGGCCACAGCCCGCACCACGGCCGCUCAUCAGGGGGCCACGGGGCGGCGGCGGCAGCCCUGCGGAUCCACCAGGACCUGGCCUCUCGCUCCGCCAUGGUGUCCGGCAUGGCCAGCAUGCUGGACGGUAACGGGGACUACCGUCCGGAGCUGUCGCUGCCGCUGCACCACGCCAUGAGCGUGCCCUGCGACACGUCCUCUCCCGGGAUGGGGAUGAGUGGGACAUACACCACCUUAACCCCGCUGCAGCCGCUGCCCCCCAUCUCCACCGUGUCCGACAAGUUCCACCAUCACCACCAUCAACACCACCAGCGGCUCUCCGGGAACGUGAGCGGGAGCUUCACCCUGAUGCGGGACGACCGGGGGCUGCCGGGGAUGAACAACCUGUACAGCCCCUACCACAAGGACCACAUGUCCGGGAUGGGUCAGAGCCUCUCCCCGGUCCUCGGUAACGGCCUGGGCUCCAUACACAACACCCAGCAGGGGCUUCACAACUACGGCAUUACGACGCACGGAGGCCACGAUAAGAUGCUGAACUUCGAGGCGCACCACACCGCCUCCAUGCUCAGAGGGGACCCCCACCAGCACCGAGGCCUCGGCGGCCCGACGGCCGGGAUGAUGCCGCACCUGAACGGGAUGCACCACCCGGGGCACCCGGUCGUUUCCUCGGUUGGCCACCACCCCCACCCCCACCCCCACCUCCAGUCUCCAUCCCAUGGGCCCGUGUUGGUGUCCAGGGAAAGACCUCCCUCCUCCUCGGAGGUGCAGGGGGUGAACAGCUCGGGGCAGCUGGAGGAAAUCAACACCAAGGAGGUGGCGCAGAGGAUCACCGCGGAGCUGAAACGGUACAGCAUCCCCCAGGCCAUCUUCGCCCAGAGGGUGCUGUGCCGCUCCCAGGGGACCCUAUCGGACCUCCUGAGGAACCCCAAACCCUGGAGUAAACUAAAGUCAGGCCGGGAGACCUUCCGGAGGAUGUGGAAGUGGCUGCAGGAGCCCGAGUUCCAGAGGAUGUCGGCGCUCAGACUGGCAGCGUGCAAACGGAAGGAGCAGGACAACGCUAAGGACCGCAACAACACGCCAAAGAAGUCGCGGCUGGUCUUCACCGACCUGCAGCGGCGCACCCUGCUGGCCAUCUUCAAGGAGAACAAGCGGCCGUCCAAGGAGAUGCAGCUCACCAUCUCGCAGCAGCUGGGCCUUGAACUCACCACCGUCAGCAACUUCUUCAUGAACGCCCGCCGCCGGAGCCUGGACAAAUGGACAGAUGACGGAGUCAGUCCUGGAGGCCAAUCUUCGGCGUCCAGCACUUGUACCAAAGCGUGAUAGUAGAUAAGUGGAGAGGGGAGGAAAACCAAAGUGACAGGGAGAGUUCUCGGGUGGGUUUGGGAGGGAUGGAGAGGGGUUGAGGGCGAGGGGAAACUCGUCCGGUCGAAAACCAAACUUUUUACAAUUGUUUUUGUUGUUUGUCUGUUUUACUUUUGACGAGGGUGACAAACUGAGAGAGGGGCUGCUCACUGCGACGAAAUUGUUUGUAGCCUAACCGCCUUUUUGCAAAUCCAUCGUGAAUCCAUAAAGAAGCUGAAGGGUAAACACACCUCUAAAACAUAAGAAACCUCAAUGGGUUAAGAAGAACUCAUAAAUCAUAUUCUUUCACUGCGGAUGUCUCCUUUAGGACAAAGAGCUGACACACUAGCCCAAAUACCAAAGACUAGAAGACGAUAUUUGUUUUCUAAUAUGCAAUAUAUAAGCUAGGAACAAACCAAACGAUCAAGAAACCAAUGAAAGCUUUAUGAAAAAUUCUCUGUGGAGAAUUUUGUGGUAUUUAAAGCUUAAAAUGUCCCACAAUUGCAUCUUUUAAGGGUGAAGUUGAAGACUUUCAAAUUCAAAAUGUUGGAUUUCAGAGAUUGCAAAGUCACAUUUUGGACUGUUGAUUCAACCUACUUUUUUUAUUUAACCAAACCAAAGAUGAAUGAGGCGUUUUUUUGAUAGGAAAAUAUGAUGACAGAAACAUUUAGAACAACUCACUGGCUUGGAAAGUGUGAUUUGUAGCUCACUGGAAAAGUUAAUUAAUGUUGCAAUCUCUGAUUUGAAGCAAAUAAUCACUAACAGAAAAAACUAAGUCUGUUUCCCCCUAAAAUCAGAUUUCAACAAUUGGUUUCCAAAAUGUUCCUUUAUCCAUUUGAAGUGGAAAUAUGUUGAUCUCUAGGACAUAACAACAUGACCAACUUUAUUCAUAAUGAGAUUUCUGUCUUGUUCUGGACUAAUCUCUUCAAUUUUGCCAAAAAAAGAGCAUGAGUGAACUCUUUAAAGGGGGCAGUGAUCACUCUUAAAGUUAAGAAAUGGCUAAUAUGCAAGCACAAACACCUACAGACACACAAACAUGUAGAAUUACAAGCUUUCCCUUUUAGCAUACCUGGCGUUCAGUGGAAUAUUAAUGUACUAUAUAUGAAUAUAUACAACGUAUGUGAGCACAAUCUUGAAGCACAUUUUCUUUGCAAUAGAACCGGGGCUCUAUGCCAAGUGGUCUUCACGUCUUAGAAAAACUCAGGAUACCAUUUUUUCUAAACAGUGGCUGAAAUCCACUUGGCAUCUGACGUUACACACCGCAAUGUACACAUGUACACACACACGUAGACAUGCAAACACACAACUUUAAAGAGUCAUUUCCCAAAUGUUUCCCAGAAUUCCCAUACUGACCAAAACAUCAGUCAGCUAUGCCAAAGCUCACCAAAGUUUACCCUGGCUUCACCAACCCAUCAUUCAUUCAUCAGGGCAGCGGUUUCCACCUAACAUAUUAGCAUCAAUUAGCAUAAAAAACGCUAAAUUGUGCUGGGACAGCUAUAACUUACGUAACUAACUUAAUCUAUGUUUAAUCAAAAGAGUGCUGAGCUUCAAGAACUCCAGCAGAAGUCAGAGCACAAAACAAGAGAUAGCUUAACACUUAAGGCCUAGGUAUGCUUCAACCACGUCGUCCGACUACAUCUCAAACCUAAAUUCUUAAUACCCGUUCCCAAAGGCCACAUUUGCCCCAUCAAAUAGAGGGCAAUUAAUCAUAUAAAUGGCGACAAUCUAUCCUGGAAGGCGUUCAGGGUGUUGGAAAACACAUACAAAGUGAUGGAGGUAGUUAUGUGAAGAAUGUAAACAAAUUACAGAGCUUGAGAGAGAAGUUCAAACUCCGCCAACAGUCACAACCCUGCACACCCGGCCAAUCUCUAAAGAAGGGAGUGAUAUUUGGAUUGUUUGUUUUGGAAAAUUCAUAAAUUGUUAGACAAAGCACGACCUUAUUCCAAUGUAGGAAGACUAUUAGUUUGAAGUAUAUCGUCCUUUCCUGUCUAGUUUUUAACUAAUAUGAUCAAACACCUAAAAUCUUACCUUACUCAAAACUAUUUGAAGAUUGACACAAUCUUCCAGUGUCCAAAAUGUGUCGUUAAUUUACACAUUUUUGAUCGUCGUCGCUUAAGAAGUGCUUGGUUGAAACUUGCUGUCGAAUUUUGAUGUAAAUCCAGCUAUAGAUCUAAGAUGUUUUUUGGAAGCCUUGAGCUGCCAUAACAUGUACCAAAGAAACCAACCACUAACUCUUCAAACCAUCACAGAACCAUCAGUAGAACCAGUAAACCGUGUGAACCCGCGGAGGACGAACUGUCCGGGCGAAUCAGGGCCUUUGUAAUAAUUAAAGAGGACAAUCUAAAGACGAUGCCUGGCAGGUCCGUCUCUUCUGAGGGUCAGCGGGCUGGCACACGGGAGGACAGCUAUUUACGCUGCAAACACUAAUAAAGUCAUAUAUUCAGACUUCAAAUUUUGUAAAUUCAAGAUGAGAUUAUGGAACUUUUUCCAUUUGUAAAUGUUUCUUUUAUCAGGAGUGGUAAAACGUAGCACUCAACAGUUGUUUUUGACUAAUCUUUGUUAAAAAAAAGUGAGAUUAAACUCAAGAUGGAAUUUGUUUGCAGCGUAAUAGAGUUGGAUGUUGGACGGUUGGAUUGAGACACGCAGACAUGUUUUCUAUGUCUGUCUCUGUCUGUCCAAACAAACUUCACCAAGCUACCAUCGCCCCCCAAAUCCAUUUUACUUUGAUACGUCACUGUACAGCCUUUACACAUGAUGUAAAUACUAACAUACCCAAGAAACCUCAAACGCCACCACCUGCUAUUCCAUUUUAACAGCCUUUACCAUCCACAAUCACCUCAUCAAUCAUUACUCACUCAAGCUAUCGAACCAAAAAUAGAAGCAAAACCAAAGGAAAGGCGUCAGUCAGCAGCCCCCUCUCCGUAGAAACCCAGGCUUGUCCCGGCCUGGAUAGAGAACGAUUUAAAAUAAGAACAUGGACACUUGAGACUUUUUCUAUUUAUUGACGAAUCGAAACCAAAGAAAACCUUUUUCUGCACCUAACUGUUCCAACAAACGGAAAAACUAACUGAAGAUGGAUGAGAAUUAUUACCAAAAAAAGGAUAAAAAAAAAAGAAAAAAAAGAGUGGAUGUCGAGGAUGUCGACGAGAAGGAGGAAAGACGAAAGGAUGACAUCAUGGGAUCGGAGUAGUAGCUUUGUUCUGCCUGAUGUCGUGUCAGGCCAUCUUUAAGGGGAAGCAAGUUGGGGACUGAAAGGGUAAAACCACACGGGUCGGAGGGAAGGAACCAAUGGAUGAUGCUGUUGACCACUUCCUCCCUCCAACCCCCAAACAAGGCAGAACAUUAAUGUGUCCCUCACGGUUGAAGAGUGUCUUUAACGUGUGCCUAUGCAGUUUUUCAAAGUAAAGAAUGGUUAAAAGAACAACAGAAACCUCAUCAGCUAACAAACCAAAGAUUCACCGUUAAACCCAGUCGCAGUCCUCCUCCCCCUGAAAAAGAACACCUGGACUUUUAAUUCACUAAUCUGUUGCACUUCCUGGGUUAGCAUGUAGGCUAAUCAAGUUUAUUCUGUAUCUCUUAAGCCUGUAGCAUUUCUUUCACCCUUUUACGUAGAAUGUUAUUCAGAAUCCUCAAUCACAGUUUCUAUCAGGAUAGCUAGACCUCAAAGCUAAAUUGAAUACAUCUGGUAUUUUGAUUGGUCAUUCCUCCAGCAUGGCGUCAACACAUGGCAAAACAAGUCCGAAUGUUUCUCGGAAAAGAGUUGUUGCUGUUUGUGUGUUUUCUAUAGUUUUUUUCCAACACAAGUCAAUAUCUGCUCCACAGGACAAAGUCUACCUCCAACAAUCUCCAGCAGUAGAAACAAAAGCUGCCAGACAACAGCACAGGGACGGUUUAUUCCCCCAUCCUGUUUCACGUCCACACGGUUUGAAACAAACGAUCUGCAUCGAGGUACAAUAUCAACUAGUUGUUGAGUGUUGCUCAAAUGCUUCCAUUUUGCUUCCACCCAGGCUAGGGAAUAGACCUCUUUUCCAUUUCAAGAUGGCUGUUGUCCGGCACCUUCCUACUGCGGAGAGAGUGACAAUGUAAUGCUAUGUAAAACGUACAGUGCAUACCAAAGAUUAUCUGCUGUACAAACAGUAGCACUCACACUUUUACUUUUCUCCAUACGCAUUUAAGAGUGGAUAUUUUCUCGAGAUUCACCAAUGUUUUAACGUAAAGUCACUCACAGUGUUGCCUCUGACCUUUACGUUUUCAACCCAGACCUAUAGAAACCAGCUGAGGCGGAAAUACUCAGGUUGUUUUUGAAGAUAUCAAAUCAAAUCAAGUUUUAUUUAUAUAGCACAUUUAUAAACGAUUUUUGGUCGAGCCAAAGUGCUGUACAUAUAAUAAAAAUAGCCUACAGUAGAGACACUUUACAGCAAAUACAACAGCACGGACCGAUAUGGACCGUUUAGCAAUUCCAAUCAAUGUUCAAAUACAAUUAUUAAGUGUAAAACUCUGGGUUUCACCUCGGUAUCGUAUAGAAAACCGGCUUCCUGAGAUAUGGUGAAAAUAUUAUUUAUUGAAACAACGUUCUAAAAUCAAACAAGUAGUACAAGACCAAAAAUAAUGGAUUUAGGACAAUCCAAAAUUCUUCUUAUGUGAGUUUUGGCUAGGCUAGGGUGGAAACGUUUCCAAGGUGGGGGUGCACAUUUUUUCUAAAACAAUCUAUCAUUACGCCACAGUUUGCCCACACUGCCAUGCUGGAGGAGGAGCCUCACAGAGAAAGCACUAUUAGUCCAUAGAUAACAAACCCACAUUAGCUUGUUCUUUCUGGGGGAGGACCCAUGCUGCUGCUCGAUAUACACAACAAUAAAUGAAACAAAACCAAAAACGUGACGCCCGCUGAGAGAAACUGCUAAAAUAUCGGUCAAAUAGCUUUAUCCUUAGUUUUCUCUCUCUCUUUCUGUAUGUAAAGCUUCUAGUCCAAAGAAAUCCUCCGCCCACCUGACCCUCCAAUCCUACCAGCCGCGCCCAAAGAAGGGGCGUGGCUGUGGCUCGGGGGGGCGGAGGCCAUCCACCAUUACCACGUGCAGUUCUGUCUGAUGUAACUCAGGCUCAACCUGCCAAACCAAAAAUGGGUAUGAAACCAAAAACUGUCCAAAGAAGUUUUCAUUGCUUGUUUGUUUUGAAGUACUUAAAAAGUAUUUGCCAAUACUUGUGUGUCUACUAUUACUACUAUGCUUCUUCAUAGGUUUUUGCAAUAUGUGAUUCUGUUUUUAUUUAAUGUAAUUUAUGUUAUUUUUUUAAUUGUGAGUUAAUUUAAGCGAACAAAUUGUGUUGCCAAAUCUCCCUCUGAACCCUUUUACCUUGAUGAUUAGCUUUGCCAAAGUUUACAUUGUAUGUUCCCUUUUCUUUCUGUUCAAUGCUGUAUUUAUUUAUGAGGUGUUUUAGAACACACUAGUUUUGUACUUAAUAAUUUAAUGUUAUUUAAUUAGAUGUAAUUGUUUUUCGAUGAAUAUUUAUGAGUAUUUAAGAAUGUUAGUUGCAUCCAAGAUGCAGUGCUUACGCCAGGCCUGUUAAUUUAUUCGUAGUUAGCUUUACUUUAAAAAGCAAAUGAAAUGUUGUUUGACGAAUGUUUAGACAGAACAAUGUAGGAAUGUCAGAAUAGACUUGAGUACUUCUGAAUGUCAACACUUGCUCUCACUUUUUAGCCUAUGUAGUUUAUUUUGUCCUGGUAUUGAUUUUUCCUUUUUCAAAAUGAAAACAAUCUCUUUAUGACAAAUAAUAGCCUACUGAAUGAUGAGCACUGCAUCUGUUUUUCUUUUCUUCUUUGGGUUUGUAUGGCUUAUUUAUUGGUUGUUUUGUUUUAAUUUCUUUGCAUCCGGUUGACCAUUGUUUACCAAACAAUGAAUUUCAGACUGAUGUUUUACUGACACUUGAUCAGAUGACGGCCAAACACUGACAUAAACUGAUUCACCAAAGAUAACUGGAAUCCUUGAGAGGCCACUAAAACAGUGUGUGUUUACAUCCACGCAGCUCGUGACCUGGUUAAGUUCUUAUGCGCACAUUGCUUUUAUCAAAUUAUUUACAGUAUCAAAUGUCUCUGUGGUCUGAUUGUAAAGGCUUUUCUUUCUGGACAUUGUCUUGCCCUUAAACUCCUAGACAAGACUGAUUUUAGCUUGGUGUCAAGACUCAAACACCUCUGUAACUAAAUAAAACAAUAUGAACAAUUCAAAAUUAUAUACUAUCGAAGGCUAAAUACAAAAUUUGAAGAGUAACUUACCACUACAUCAACUACAAGUCACUUUAUAACACCAUCAAUUGAUCCCAUUUUAUCGUGUCCAUUGCAACAAGUUAUUCGAGAGAUCAAGCAAAAACUGGGUGUUGAAGUUCUUGGGGUAAAACUCAUCAAUCUGUCUAAAAAUGUUGACAAUUAGCUGAAAUUAUGUUGGAAUCAGGUCAAAAUGCUUUAAGACCCAAUCAAUAGUCAUAGUGAGAAUGUCCUCUCCGACUUUCCAUCAAAACCCUGAGCUUUAAAGGAACAACAAAAGAACAGAAAGGCGUUUGUUGUGAGAAAAUCUGCUUGUUCUAUGAUUCUCUGUGUUGGUAUAAGAGCUUAUCCAGGUUAUUGUAUACAGAAUGUGAACACACACCACCUCUACAGGAACACAUACCUGCUGUGUUUCCCGUUAGUUACCCAGAUAUCGGUGUGGGUGUCUGCGUGAAUGCAAACACACCGACUUGUUUCACUCGUUAGGAAGGAAAACUGAGGAGUCCCUUAAAGCUAGCUGCUUCCAAGAACUGACUUUGUGUGUGUGUAAAAAGAAAAAAAUAACUUUCUAUUUGAAUUGUGAGAACCAGAGAGGCUACCUCACUGAUUUGUCCUUUUAAUCGUGUUGAUGAAACCAAAGAAACCAAAGAUUUUUGUCCUCUUCAGCACGGUCUGCGCUCAGCUCCAUGCGUUUGUUCUCCUCAACGAUGAUGCCUCGUUUCCCCCUCUUUUCUAUUCUCCUUUUCUCUGUCAUCCUCCUUCCUUUCCUCCUCUCUCGUCCUUGGAUUGUCUCUUAUCCUAAAAAUAGAAUGGGUGUGAAGGGGAAAAAGAGGUAUACCCCGGGGUCUGGCUAGAUGCUGGCUAUCAGGUGCUAACAGGCUAACAGGAAUACUCAAUUGUCUGUAACGAGAAUACGUUUUAAUAUGAUAUUAUCAAAAUAAGCUUCUGGAGACGAAAAAAAGAACCCCAAACUUAAAUGGGAAAAAUGCUGUUGUUAGCCACUGAGAUGAUAUAGUGAGACAUCUAUAUGCAACAGGCAGUUUUCCACAAAGAUUCAAAGCGUGUUAUGGCCGUGAAAACAAAGAAACAAGGUAGAACUUCAACAAGACAAAAUGAAGGAACAAGAUGAAGCUCUUGGUGUACUUUCAGACACCUUCAUCCUGAUUCUUCAUCUGGGAUAUUUUUACUACCAACCACAUCCUCCCCUUUUUCUACUUUACCUUAUCUCGCCAACAGUAAUUGGACAGCCGAUUGUUAGCAGCCUUGUGCUGCGUAGCAACAACAUUGAUGUAACGCCGCUCGGACUCUUUGAGCUCAAGGUUGAACUUUUCUGUUUUAACCGUAGGCAACAAACUUGUCAUCCUUAUAGUUGUCUGUAAAGUCAAAAAUGCACUAUUAAUAACAUAACCACACCUCGAAUGUCAGGUCCUAACCCUAACCCUUAUCCAUGCUAACAUGCUCACAAAACCGGAAUAAAAAAGCUUUAGGAGGCCAUUAUUACCAUUUUUAUUAGCAUGCUAACCCUUGCUAAUUAGCGCCAAACACUAAGUCAAGCCAUUAGCCUUCAGGUAUUUGGUUCUGACCAAAUCUAAGUAUAAAAAACUUUGCCUGAAGAAUGGCGUUACAUUUAGGAUUACAGGUUCAGCAACAUUUUAAACCUUUUCCUGCGUGGGCCUUGCAUAUCUGAGCCAAUCAUGGCAAUCAGUUUGAUAAUCUUUAUGGUUAUUUCAGUCUUGACCAAACAUAUGGACCAAGCGACCAAUCGGUGAGCAUGGCUAAAAAUCUAAAAAUGACUUUGUAAAGGAUAACUUACUCAAUAGAGAAUACACACACAUUUAAUUAUGUAAAAGGACACCACUUAAUACCCCAACAAGUUCCACAAUAAUGUCUAUCUGUUGUUUCAUUGAUAAUGCAAAUAACAACAACGUCAGCUGUUGGUUAAACUUCUGGAUCCUUCAGCCCUAAGAUAAAGAAUAAUACCGGAAUUAGAGAGUGAAAGACAAGAUGUUUUCAUCAGGAACGAGAUUUGGAUCUUUUAAAAAGACAUCUAAUUAUCUUUGACAUCUUUUGAUUCCACUAAUACCUAGCAUUGUUUUCCAUUGUGAUAAGAUAAGGAUUUGUAUACUUGUACAUCCAACUUAGCCAUUUUGCUUCCCUUCUUACAAGCAUUGGGAUUUUAAAUCAACCAGAUGUAACUUGUUCUGGUUCGAGCCAGUUCUCAGACUCCUGCUGUCCUUCUUUGCUUUUUUCCAAAUGGGGUUGCUUUAAAAAAAAAAAAGACGCGGAUAUCGCUUUUGUUGCAAAGUGUGAGAUCAUCUUGGAUGAGUGCCUUGCUUCAACCAAAGCGACGUCUAAACCUCUCUGUUUCUUUCUUGUGAAAAAACGAAUACCUCAGCAUUCCUCUCCGCUCUCUGGUACUUUGCAAUCAACGCAAAUGAAUCCAGAGUGAAUACCAAAGGCUUCCCGUUCGGUUUCUCCGUUACUAUCACUUCUCUAUUUUCUCUGAGCUGGGUUACCACAGAUCCCCGGAAAGUCAUUUUGUGAUAAAAGGAAAUCCAAUCUUGUUCUGUUAACCGCUUGUUUUUCAAAAAUGAUCCCAGACUUACAACAGUCUCGGUUGAAUUGAAGACACACAUUCAAACAAAACUAGCUUUAGUGGUAACGCAGCUCCUUCCCUUUCACCGUCCUCCUUCCCUUCCUACAAAUGGUUGCAAAGCUUUAAAUGAAACACACAGAGACAAACCUUAGCGAGUUGAGUGCAGACUGUGCUCUCUUUACCAAACUGUUGCAGAUAUACCUCAUAGACACUAGUGUUAGGAUGAUGUUAUAAUAGCGUAUGUCAUAAAUUAUUCACUUGCUCUUCUUCCUUUUAUUUUGGUAACUGUGACUUUAAAGCGAAACAAUUGUGGGGAAAAAGCUUUACACAUUUUUAAGUUGUGAAGUUUUUUUUUAAUGCUUUUUUUGUAAUAGUUAAAAAGGUGCGCUAAAACCAAAAAUGAAAAAUGCUUGUCUUCUUCUAUGCUCUCUUUCUUGUUGAUGUAUUACUGUUUUCUUUCUGUUCCAUUUGCCGACGAUUGAGGGAUUUAUACAUUUGGUUCUUUUGAAGGGGUCAUUGUCCCCUCAUUUUGGGGAUUGGGAACAUUGUUGAAAUGAUGCCCAGAAUAAUACCGGCUUCUUUGAUCAAUCGGUUUCGUUUGAAAUCCAUCCACAUUUUAGUUUAUUUGUCUGCAUUAUUUUUAAAACCAUUGUUUCAGUGUGCCUCCUUUCCUGUGCUAACGCUAGCAUCACAGUUACAUUUCCCACACAGCAGCGCUAUAGCCCCGAUUUAAUGCAUGAGUAUAUUUACGAUUAGAUAGCGGUGUAAUGCAUUGUGAUACUUAUUGUUACCCUUAUUUUGUUAUCAUCCUCUCAUUUUGGCCCCGAUACUUUACGCUAUACACACAGAACUUUGUGUUACAUCUCACUGAGAAUCAUCAUGAGGUUCAACUAUCUUACCGAUAAACUGUCAGCAAAAUGUGCUUUAUCAUCGCUGAUCUACAACAGUGAGAGAGAAAAUGGGCCAACGAACAAACUGAAAGUAAAACAAUUCUCAUCUGGAUAUACUUACCAAGUUGAUUUCACCUUUAAUUUGACAGAUACAUUUCACGUUUAGGGUUUUGCCAUGCAGCCGUCCAAAAUAAAAUCUGAAACAAGCUGGAAAAGUCGUCAAUCAUCUCUGAACAAACAGUGAGCCAACGAACAAACUAUGAGUACCCUAACAACAAAUGUUUUUCUCACCGUCCAAUUUGAUUUCAGAUUUAAUAUGAUCGAUAAAUUAAACUCUGGGUGUAAGCACAAGUCAGCAAAAAGAGCUUGAUCGUCUCAACAGUGAAGGAACACAUGGGCCAAUGAACAAAGUGAAAGUAAAGUGGAAGACGACAAAUGUUUUUUCCAUGUUACUUUAGCAUCAGCACAUAGAGUUUCAAAAGACGAUAUAAAUCAGUCAAUAUUAACUGCUAGAGUUUGAAAGGCCAAAAUACAUCUCUCAUUGUUUUAGGCAGUGUUAGUUCAAAGAAAACCAAAAGUAUAUUUUUUAGCACUUCAAGUACCUGUCUUCCAAUUUUGAUGAGCAUACCAAGUGUUGGGUUACCUCAAGUAUUUUCCAGACAUCACCAAAUUAUCCAACCACGCGCUUUCCCGUCAAAGUCUUGCCUAUAACCCCAAACAAUAUUUCAUUAUUUUCUGUUCACUCACCCUUUUCCUCGUUGUUUUCUUUUCUUUCCAUUUUCUUUCAUGGUUGUCAUACAGUAAUCAAAAAUCAAACGAUACGUUUUUGACAUUCGGUUGGAACAGAAAAAGAGAAGUGACUGAAAACUUGUGGUGUGGAAUAAAAAGAUGAUCAAACAUGAAGGAGAUAUUGGGAAAAUUAAUGUUGUUCCACUCUAUGUAUAAAAGAAGGAAAAAAAUCAAUAAAGAAAUCACAAUGGUCUUAUCCAUGUACAACUUA